CAUUGAUUCGGGGUGACUGACCCACUUUGCAUGUACUCUUGUAAUCCUCAACCACAAGACUCGCCCUGUUUCUUCCCAUCUCUUUCUCUCGUGUAUCUCAAGGGCCCGACGUUCCUUAGCUCGGGAGGGUUCUCUUUUUAUUUCCUCGCCAUUUCCAGUGUGCCCUCGGUUUCUUUUUACUAUUAAACCCGGUAAAAUCCCCUAUUCCUCUUCUCUUUAAUGGGAGAAGAGAACUAGCAACUACAAUUCAUUGAUUUCCCCAUUUUACGUUCUUUCUCCUGCACCUGUUUUUGGAGACGAGUCCAGACUUUUGGAGUGUUGGCAAGAGGAAUCUUUGUCCCGUCGCCUCCGCUCAAAAAAGGAGUUCGAUUAUUGUUUCACUCACUAAUGGUGUAUUUUAGCUUGCCAUAAAGUCCAAAGAUGAUGAUAGAAUCAGUAAGUGAUAUUAACAGUACAAGUCCAUCCCAGCACAAGCCCAGAGGGAAGAAAGGGAGCUCUGCCUCCUCCCAAGGAAGUGCCCGCAGUCACAGAAGUGAAGCCCGUAGAGACACUUCAUCAAGCAGUGAUCAAAGUGACGAAGAGAGAAAGUCAAAGAGUAAGCGUAGAGUCCAGAGACGACGGCCUCCUGCCUUUUCUACGGAGGAAGACGAUGAUGAGAGAACUGACAGUGCGGACGAGGGAGGCGACGCUUUAAAAGGAUCCCAAAGCCCACCCAUGACCCACACCUCUUUCUAUAACCAGUACUCAGGCCCUACUUUCUCUCAGCCUAUUUUAAAACCGCUCUCUCCUAUCAACCUUCAAGUGGGGUAUGGCAGCGAUCUCAUUCACACAGGGGGCAGGGCAGGAGGUGGAGUGUUGAAUAAUGCAUUGGAUCUCUCUAUUGUCCCAUCCGCUAUUGAGUCUGAUGAGAGGAGAGGAGAGACUGUGGCUGUCAUUGAUUCUGGGGUGGUGGAUUCUUCUCCUCAGUCAGUACAUCAUCAUGAUCCAGACUCACCUGUUAAUGAUGAGGGACUAUCACCUGAAGUAUCAAUAGUACAGGGAGUGUCAGCUGAACAGGAACCAAGACCACCGAUCCCCACGCUACCUCCGAAACCUGUCACCAUAGCAACAGCCGGGAGUAGCUCCGUCCUUCCCUCUCCCUCUCUUGGCCCUCCCACAACUAACACAGCUCUUCCAUUUGCCGGUUGGGGGUGGGGUCAGCCAACUCUGUACAGUCCAUUCUGUGCCACUAGUGGGAGUGUGGCUGGUACUCCUGCAGUUACUGAUGGACUCACUCCCUCUCUCACCUCUGGGACUAACACUUACUUACAAGCUGCUAUCUGUCAGGAACUGGAUGGUGUCCUGGUGGUUAAUGUAAGAUGGAGAAAUAAGACUUUUUCUGGUUCACUUAUUGAUGUACAGCAUCACAAAUGGGCUCCACCAAGACUCUCAGAUGCUGGUGUUCCUGAUAUGACUCUCAAGCUAAAGGACCUGCUAGGAGGGACUGGAGCAGGUGCUGGAGCUAAAGUAUCUGCUGACUCUGAAAAGGAUUCCGUUGAUGUUGAAGCAAUGGAGGACCAGCCGAGAGAAAACGGCGACCAGCAGAACAGAGACGAAAGCAAAGAAUCCUCCAUCAUUGCCAUGGAAACCGGUGAGAGCAUGAAUACCGAUCGGGAGCAGUCGAAACUGAUUGAUCGAGGUCAGUUUACGGAAGCUGAUAGUGUGAAAGGCACUCAUUUGAAUGGAGAGCAUUCCCUUACAUCUGACCAGACCUCUUCUCCCUUGAGGCAAUCAAACGGACUCCACCACGUACCAUCUAUAACAGGUGGCGCCGAGGACAAGACUAAAACCGGUCCCUCUCUUCCUCCUUUUGAUGCUGUCAAGUCCCCACAGCCCCAACUGGCACUGGACGAGAAGGAAAAACCCAAAGAGACUAGUCCUCCAUCCACUAACACUCCCUCGGUUUUAUUCCCGCCCACGGUCAAUUCUGUUAUUGUUGCCGGAGGGGGCGGAGACAGUAAAAUGGCCGCCGAUAAUCAUGUUAAUUUUCAUACUUUGGUUGACGUUGCUGCGUCCAUGAAACCGGUACAUGAUGAAAAGGGUGUGGUCUCUUCUGAUGAUACUCUCUCGGAUAAAGAAACCUCCAGCGAUUGUCUGAAGUCAACCCUCGCCUACCACCCUGAAGAUCAUGGGCUUCAUCUCCAUGGCAACCGAGGCGACGACAGCGACAGUUCUGGCUCUGGGUCAUUAAGUCCGGUCAAGAAGAAGGUCCAUCAUCGUAAGGUGGGUGUGGUAUCGACCCCGUCUGUCGUCAAGGAGGCCAAGGAGGAUGGGAAGCCAAUGGAGCUCUCCUUUAACUCGGCUUCGUUUUUAAAUAACCAUCAGAUUCCUCCAAUAUCUCCUGGCGACCACACCUCUGGACACGCCCCCUCACACUCGGCAGCCAUUGAGAAGGAACUGUUGCAGCCACAGCCACCAAAAGUCAUGAAAGGGCAAUACUGGUCUCCUGCUGCAGUCAAUUCUUCAAUCGGGAAAGAACUAGAUUCUCGUUUUCCUCCAAACGUAGAUACUUCCAAUCCUUCCGCCCACUUCCCCCCUCACGGGCUGGCACAUUUUUCUGAUAUGGCCCCCGGGGGCAUAAUGAUUCCUGGAAACCCCACACACACCGUCAUUCAGGACAAGGGUAAGGGGCUGAGUGGGAGCAGUCGAAAGAGAAAACCUGACGACUCCUCAAGUCACAAGCACCAGAUGUCUCCUCCGACUAGCAAGGACAUUGACAGCAUGAGGAUAAUGAGUGGUAAGCCACUCCCUCCUCUCCCCUCAUCCUUUAAGAGUGGCAAGCCCAGUGACCCGUCCGUUAUCAUGCAACCGGGCGGAGUCGUUCAGUCGCAGGGCGACGGUAAGUCAGUACCUGAUGGAUUCGUGUACGAGCCCAGCCUACCGAUGUCACGUGAGUAUCAGAUCAUAGCAUACGAGAGAGAGAGACAGAAAGCUGCAGCUGCAGAAGAGAAGCUCAAAGCUGAUGGAAGUGGUCUACCAAAAGUAAAGAGACCUCGUGAACAGCACGAUCACAGACACGCCUCGUCGCCAAGCCCUCCCAGCUCUUUUAAGAAAGAGCGUAUUCAUCAUCAGCCCAGCGUGAUUCCACCAGGGGUUGUCGUAUCUGAUCACAUGCUCCAUAGACACAUGGGAAGUAUUGUUGGCCACCCACCUCAAGUUAAACAAGAGCACAGACCAUCCCGUCCUCCCUCUAAACCGGGCCACCAUCACCACUCGUCCAGCAGUGGGGGCUCUUCCUCUAGCAAAGCCGGAGGACCAUCUCAACCGGAUAAGAAGAGGCUUCAUCAGAGAAAGGAAGGAGGCAUUAUUGGUGGAGCUCAGAUAAAGAAAGAGCCCGAGCAGAUACAGCAAUGGCUGCCCCCUGGCUCUCUUCCUCCUACUUCAUUCGUACCUAUAGCCGCCGGGGGCAUGGCUCAGCCCACCAUCCUUAACCUACCACCCGGUCUAUCAAUCUCAUCUCCUUCCCACCUUCCUCCUAGCUUUUCUGCUCAGUAUAACCUUCAGCUUCUUCAACCUAAUUCAGCUCUUGCUCCUCCUCCUCCAUCCUCUAAGCCAAAGGACUCCAUUCACUCUCGGGCUAGACAGACCCCUAGCCCCAACCCUAAGAAACCUCACGAGUGGCAGCCUCACGGUUUCUCGGGUCACCCUCACGUGAUAACACCAACGCCUACCAAACCGGAGCAUGGGUCGUCCCGUCAUGGCCAGUUACCUGGUGAAGGAAAGUCCCAAAGUGGCGGAGGUCAUUUGAGGAUGGCACAUGCUUCCAGUAGACACAAGCAAGAUGGAGGAGGAGGAGGCAGUUCUUCUUCGUCUCGUUCUAUUCCUUCUCAUUCACACCCUCCACAACCUUCACCCACGCACUCAACCAUACGUAACGGAAUUGCAGCCACACCCAUACUAACAGCAGGCGGAGGCCCAACGACGAGCGAAGAUUUCAUGAAACUGAACCUCUUGCAACUGGAAGCUCUCAAGAACUCAGGCGGAGCUGGUCUCACUUUUCAAAGUCCUCAGGAUUUCCUGACUUGGCAGGCAGCCGCAGCAAGAGCCGGUCAGUUAUCGGCGAUGGGUAUUCCUCAGUCAAACGAGGCUGCGUUUCAGAUGCAGCUACUGGCCCAGCAGCAGAUGGCAGCUGCUGCUAUGGCCCAGCAACAGCAUCAGCAACAACAGCAGCAGCAGCAACAGAACGAGGCCGCCAUGGCUAACUUUCAACAAGCUCUUGCUGCUAGUCAAGGAAUGCCUGCAGUGAUACCUUUCAUGCAACCUUUUCCAUUAGCUACACCAACUGGUGUGUUCACUAUUCCCCCUCCACCACCGAAUAAAAGAGACAGCUAGUAUUACAUACACUUCUCUUAUCUUCUCAUUCACUCUUUUAACAUUCAAAAAUUAUAUCUUUUACUAUUUUGAUAUUAUUAUUAUCAUUAUUGUGUACUAUAUAUAUUGUUUCACACACUGUAACAACAACAUCAACACACUAACUUUUUCAUUGCAUUCUCUCUCUCUCUCUCUCUCUCUUCACAUCUUUAUAACACUUCUUCUAUCCAUUAUUAUAUUGUGUGCAUAUAAUGUCUGUGAAUUAUUAUUAACAUUAAUAAUAAUAAUAUC